GAUUAACGUGAAAAAAUUAAUGAAGAAGUUUCAGAAAGUAAUAGUUUUACAGUGCUUACAACAAAGGCAAGUCGCUAAAAUGUCCGGACCUAAUGAAAAUGAAAAUGCACGAUUGAAUCUCGAACUAACUCGUCAAGUAGCCAUCAACAAUCAACUUCGAGAAACGGUGGCUACUCUGAUGAGUUACUUUAGAAUGCCUCCACUACCACCACCAAAUGACCUGAUACCAGCUCAAGCACCAGUACGCAGGCCAGCUCAAGCACCAACAUCUGGAUCAGGACAAAAUGGUUUUAGAGGCCGCCGUCGCAAUGGCGGGAAGAACAGACAAUCUUGGUAUGAAAAUAAUAGAGCUCGUGGCAGAGGGCGUGGCCAAAUAGAUACGGCCCAGCAGGAAGGGAGUUCAAACCAACAAGCCCCAGGACCGGAUAAUGCC